AUGAGAGUGCCAAUCGCGGCGCUGUUUGUCUUGGGGCUUUUCUGCUUGAACGGAACCCUCGUUUGUGGAGCUGAGGUUCCAUACUACUGUCUUGACCUGAACAAUGUUAAGAUCAAGACUGGAGAUAUCAUCACAACCAAACCUUACGGAAUUCCUGUUUACGAAGUCGAAGGAGUGGUGGGCGAAGCGGUGGAGAUGCCAUGUGACAUUUCCGUGCGUGAUGCGAGGGACGCCCUGCACAUGGUUCUCUGGUUCAGGGAAUCGGACGGCGAGACCCUAUACAAUUAUGACGUGCGCGGAGGACAGUACCUGAAGCCGAAAUCCUGGUCGGCAUCUCCGGAUUUUUACCGGCGCGUGAAAUUCCGACCGGAGGCUGUUCCGGCGCAUCUGAUCCUGGACAAGCUCACCGUUCGAGACGAGGGCCUCUAUAAAUGCAGGGUUGACUUCAGCAAUUCGCCGACCAGAAACUCAAAAGUCAACCUUACUAUCAUUGUUCCACCGGAGCAGCCGGUCAUCUACAACAAGCAAACGGUGCGGCGAACGAGCAAAGUGGAGUCCUACCGGGAGGGCAGUGACGUUAACUUGGUCUGCGAGGUAUCCGGAGGGCGCCCGAAACCGAAUGUAACUUGGUACCUGGACAACAAAAUGAUUGAUUACACAGUUGAGUCUGUGAACACCGACUUGAACGGUCAAAUCACAACGAUCAACGAAUUGUUGUUACCGAAUGUUGGGAGGAGAGAGCAGAACUCCACUCUCUUGUGUCAAGCAUCAAACACCAACCUCACGCCCCCUACCUCGAAGUCCAUCAUGUUGGAUAUCAAUCUGAAACCGAUCUUCGUAAACAUCACGAAUAAGAAUAAGACAAUAUCGGCAGACAAGAGGUACUCAAUUGAGUGCGUGGCAUCCGGCUCCAGACCGGAAGCUGUCAUCACCUGGUGGAAAGGGAGCAAGCAGAUCAAGAAGCUUGCUAAAAAU